AAAGUUUGUAGCUUCGUCUGUACUGUACUGAUGUUAAAUAAACUAUAAUGAAAAGCGAUGAAUGCGCCUAAUAUAUGCUUUAGUCUUUUAAACAAUGAAUAUUUAAUCCCCACUCUCAACUACUUUAUCUCCUUUUUCUUCUCCAAUCCUAACUACAAAGUUAUAUCGAUCAUCUUCCUAUAAAACUGUCCUUGCUCGUUUUUAGCUGCAACAGCCUUUCUAUAAGCUAUCUUCACCUCUCUCCACAUUAUCAUGGCGACACAAGAUUUGCAAGGGAUCAAACUCUUUGGCAAAACCAUUGCAUGUAACGUCAAUAUCACUCACAAGAUCAAAAACGAAGAUGAGAAACAACCGUCGGAUCCCACCGUCAGAUCAUCCUCAUUAUCCGAUCCGACGGUGGAGAAGCGUCCGGACAAGAUCAUAGCAUGUCCGAGAUGCAAGAGCAUGGAGACAAAGUUCUGUUACUUCAACAACUACAACGCUAAUCAGCCUCGGCACUUUUGCAAAAGCUGCCACCGUUACUGGACCGCCGGUGGAGCACUCCGGAACGUUCCUGUUGGUGCCGGUCGUCGGAAAACAAAACCACUGGCCCGUGUUGUUGUCGGUAUGCUUGGGGAUGGAAAUGAGGCCCACCAUGUCGAGCUUAUUAAUGGCUUGCUUUCCCAUGAGUUGCAUUCUGCAGCCGCUGCUCGUGGCGGUUUCCGACAUGAUUUUCCCCUGAAGCGGCUCCGGUGCUUUUCUGACGGUGAGCCGUGUUGAUAUUAAUUUACUGAGUAUUAAUUUUCUUAGUUAAAUAUUAUUGUUUUUGGUUUUGGGGUUGAGUGGUUGUUUUCCUUUAAACCCGUUGAAGAACGUGGUGAAUUUGGUCGCUCUUGUCGAGAUAGUUAAUUUAGUAUUUGUCAAUCAAUCAAA